AUGACUAAAAGGUCCGGUACAGCGCGUGUUUCACCUGAAGAACGUAUAAUGUUAAAUUAUGAAACUUAUCGAUCAACAUUAAUUGCGUAUCCCAAUACUCUACUUGGGACCAUGUUUCAAGAACGUAACCGUAAUCUUCAACACCCGAAUAAGGAUGGGGAAUACUUUUUUGACAGAAAUGGGAAAGCCUUUCAUUACGUGAUGGAAUUUUAUCGUACGGGUCAAAUUCUUUGGGAUACUAAAACCGUACUUGGAAUAAAAAAUGGAACCAAUGUGACCAAGAAGGAGCUCGAGGAGGAGCUUGAUUAUUUUCAGAUCAAACCAAAAGAUGUUAGAAUCGAAUCGGCAUUGACCUCAGCUUCAAGCAUAGUGGACAAAUUCAUUCAAGCUUUAGAAUCCUUGAUUUUAAAACAUGUAUCUCAAUUAGGAAAAACGAUCUUUAUCAAUGCAACUCAAGAAACGGUUUUAGUUAAUCGCGUAAGAUAUGAACCGGAAAUUGACCCUAUCGUCCUAAGGGCAUUUAACUUUACGGCUUAUCGUAUAUUAAAAGAAGUUGGAAAUGAAAUUGCUCAAUACUUAUAUUCAAGUUUUCCUGAUUUGAAUAUCGUUUGGAAAAGCGAAAGAAGUGAUACCGAUCCAAAAUGUAUUAUAGUUCAGCUCACCUUUAAUUAUAGUUUAAAAAUGAUAUUUGAAAAUUCACAAGUUGGAAGGAAGAGACCUAGGAUCAAUUAA